AUGCUUCGGUUUAUUUACACGGAUGAAUUGCCCGAAGAAGACGAGCUUGAGGACUCUUCUGCCCAGAUGUUUCAAGAUCUACUCGCUGCGGCCGAUCGGUAUGCACUGGAUCGACUGAAGAUUAUUUGUGCUCAGAAGCUGUGGCAGAAAGUGUCUGUUGACACAGUUGCAACUAUCUUGGCUUGGGCUGAAAACUACAACUGUCAGGAGUUGAAGAACAAGUGCAUUGACUUCUUUGUGGUGGAGGAAAAUUUCAGGAAGGCCAUGUUCACUGAUGGUUAUGGGUUGUUGCUUUUGAAAUUCCCAGCUAUUAUUGAUGAGCUAAGGAAGAGAGUUUAG